AUGUCGAGUUUGGCACUGCAGUUGAAUGCUAUCAGCAGCAAGACCGCUUCGGUGGCACUUGAUCGUAAAUCGCGAUCUCGUAUUCACUCCAGGUCUUUGAUUUUUGACCCCAAAGUGGCUGCAACUCAAGACUAUGAAACUAUCUUUGAUCAUGCCCUAGAGGGCUUGGAAGAGUUGAUUGAUCUUGACCCUCGGUUCAAAAGAUUCAAACAGACAUUGUUCUCUGAAUCUGCCAUUACUUUAGAUCGUAAUGUCCAACAACAGGAAUCCAUUGAUCAAUUGGACAAGAAUAUCGAAGCAUUUUUGAACUUGGUGGGGCCCUAUUUCCUUCUUUCUCCCACUCUCAAAGCAUUGGAAUGGCUUGUGAGAAGAUUCUACAUCAAUAUCCAUAACCCAGAGUUGUUGUUACUUUGCAGUUUACCUUAUUAUAAAUAUCCUGUGUUUGUAAGAGUUCUUAAUAUUAUACCUAAGAACCAAUUCCCCAAGUUAUUUGAAUGGCUUUCUGGCUAUAAGGAUACUUUGAAGUGUCCUCCUAUUGCGUCUAUUUUCAAGGCCUUCUACAACGAUUUCCAGUUGUUUAAGUUGUAUUCUAUCUAUGUUGCAGAACAAUGGCAACAUCUGACUGCCUAUAAGGAACUAUUGGUAUUCUAUUUAUCAAUUGCAGUACAAUUGAUUGCCUCUUAUGCGAAACAAUUGGACUCAUUCACAGAAUUGCAUUUACCUAUCCUCUUGGAAGCCGCAGGUAAAUUCCUCUUACCUCCUACUGAAGGAUCCAGGUUCUCUCAAUCAUUGAUUACAGAUGCCAGAUUGACUUCAUAUUCAUUAUUUUUAGUCUUGAACUCCGUGGUUCCUUUGUCGUCACAAUUGAUUAUGUCCAUUACUGAUUCGGUGCUUCAAAGUGACGAUAGUGUUAGUACUAAGAACUCUAAGCAAACCAUAGUAUUCUUAGGUCAAUUAUGGAACACUGUUUCUGAAAGUAGUGGUGAGUCGUCUUUUUUUAAGAAACUCCCCCCCAUAGUUCUCACCAAGAAUAACUUGAUCAAGACUUUAAUUGAUGAAAAGUACACCGUGAAGAAGUUUUUAACGGUAUAUACGCUUUCCAAGCUUCCCGAGCCCGAAGCUUUUGCAUUAUUGGACUAUGUCAUCUCCCAGGACACUGUUUCACAACUUACAAAGCAAUUACUCCACUUUAUACCAGAAGCCAGCGAUGAUACCAGAUCUAAAAUCAUCAUUACUUUCGAGAAGAUGUUGAAAUUGGAUAGCGAAUGCUUAUUGAAGGCAUUAAAGGCUAACAACAUUGGUCUUCCUGAGCUUGAAAUGAAGUUGAUGACUACAUUAAGCUCCAAAGAACUAGAACCAGAACCCGAAGUCCUUGACUUAUUGGAAUCAGAUGGUGAUGAAGAUUUGGAAGCUCCUACUGAAAAUGUAUCUUCUGUUAAUUUGGAAGAACUUAAAACUCAAACAGGUUCCUUCAUUAUUUCCUCCACUACAGAGGAAUUCAAACCCCUUGUUAUGGAUCUUCUUAAGCAAUUGCAGAAUCUCAACCUCAAGCAACAAAGAAUUUUGAUUUCAAAGUUUUCCAAUUUGGUUUUUGUUGAUGUUGAAGCAGCAUUCUCGUUCUAUUUAAGAGUAGUGUUUACGCCUAGUGUACCGCUUGCUGUUAGAUUAUCGGUCUUGAGAUACUUGAGAAUUAAGUUGAAGGACAUUUCAACUUCCAAAGACAAUAUUGAAUUGUACUUAUUAACACCCAUUUUGUUAUUGGGACUCUAUAAUCCUGUGAAGGCCCUUAGAGCUGGUAUGGCCGACUUGUUAUCCAUUGUUAAGGACAAUCUGGAACGUUUGAACUCCACUUCUAAAUCCAAAUCAUCUUCAAUGAGAAAGCUAUUCAUGGAAGAACAAAUAUAUGCUGGUAUUCAAACCAACAAAAGAGCCAUUAUUCCUCCAGCAGAUGCUUUAAAGAUGUUGACGGUCUUACAUUCUGACUCCAGUUUGCAAGACGUUGUCAUUGAUAAUAGCCGUUUGAACAGUGUUCUCUUUGAAGGAUUAUUCAAGGCUACCAAAGGUGGACAAAAGAAGUUUGGUCAAUUACUUUUAAAGACGUUUGUAUUGAACCAAUGGGCACUUGCAACUUGGUCUGUCGUCUUUAAGAGUCCUGCCUGGAAGGUUGUCUCUGUUGAAAACUGUCGUGGUGGUGCUGGUGAUGACAGAUUUUUUUUUAUGGACACAGAUGUCGCCGAGUACUUAAACAAGAGAGAUUCCUGGCAAUCAGAAGCCACUUAUUUUGGUCUUGACUUUGAAACUGACGUUGAAGUACCCAUUGUUAAUUUAGUUGGUGGUGGUUCAAAUGAAAAGAACGUAAAGAAGGAAGUUGAAUGGUUAAUCAACAGCUUAACUGGUGAUUCAGCAGAUUUGCAAACCCUUGUGGAUCAAAGAAUUAUCAAGUUAUUCCCUUCAUUGACCUCAACUGACCUUAAGGUUAAGUUGUUGUCCAACUACGUGGAAUGCUUAGUAAAUGAGGACUACAUUGAAUUUGACCCCAUUGCCUCUUUACAAUCAUUAGACAUAGACCAUGAUAGCAUGAUUGUUUUGCUUCAAAGUGUUCAAAUAGGAGGUCAAGUACCUGAUCAAGGUGUUCCAAAGAGAAGAAGAAAAUCAUCCAACUCCACUAAGCAAGCCAUGGCAAGAGAAGAUAUUAGUAGCAUGGCUACACAUCAUUUGAGAAAGGCUACUAUCAUCUUGGAUACUUUAGAAGCCAUCUUAAGGAAAGAAAAUGCCGAAGUUGCAUCUCCUGAGUUGUUGAAAGCUUUAUUCAACAUUUUGACUCAGUUGGAGUAUUUGGGUAAUGACGGUAACCUUCCGGUGUUGUACGCUCAAGAAGCUUUGGCUUCGUGUAUGUUAUUGAGUAUUAAACUCAUGAAGACUAGUGCUGCUAAUAGUGUGGUUUUCGAUUCCAAUUCAGUUAGAGCUGAUUUGAUUGUUAAUUCUAUUCGGACUUCACAAUCACCUCAAGUUCAAAAUAGACUUUUACUUGUGAUUGCAGAAUUGGCCUCAUUGGCUCCAGAAAUCAUUCUUCAUUCUGUAAUGCCUAUUUUCACCUUUAUGGGUGCACAUACCGUGAGACAAGACGAUGAAUUUUCCAAUUCAGCAUUGCAACAAACAAUUGCCAAAGUUAUACCUGCCUUGGCCGCCAAUGGGAAGUCCAGUAUGAGCAAAGAGAUUGAGUUUCUUUUAACAAGUUUUGUUGCUGCUGUCCAACAUAUUCCAAGACACCGUCGCGUUAAGCUUUUCACCUCAUUGGUGAAUACCUUGGGAAGCGAAAACUCUUUGCAUAUCAUUUUGUUCAUGUUUGGUCAACAAUAUGCUUCUGCCUUACAAAGCAACAAGAUUAACGAGUGUAAGUCACUUGUGGAAUUGGGUACUGUUUUCCUUAAGCAUUUCACAGCCGUGGAUCAAUUGGCAAGCAUUGAAGGGUUCUACAAGGUGUGGAACAUGUUGCCUACCACUCAAUUGGACAGCAGUAGUCCUGAGUACAUUGAAUUGGCCACCAGAUCCAUUUUUGGGGUGUCUAUCUUAUCGUUGUCCGAUAAGGAAUUGGCAGUAUUGAAGCAAGACUUGAUAAAAUACUUGAACAAGCUAUUGGAAUCAGACGAUAGUCUUUACAACAUGGGAGACCGUCAAGCCUUGAAGUUGAAGGUUACAGUGGAACUUAUUGAUGACAGAACCAGUGCUGAAGUCAAGCAAAAAACAUUGAAGACCAUAAAGGAUAUCACCGGAUUUAUCUUGAGUAGUUUGGAGACCUUCAAUGCUGGUGGUGUUGAUGAUAAAAUGGUAAGAAGCUUGUAUGCGUUGUUAAAUACCAUCUUGAACUUGUUGCCUAUUUCAUAUUUUGUUGAAAGCAUCUGCCCAUCAUUGGACAUCGAUAAUAUGGCUGAUCUGUUGGCCAUUAAGAUUGCCAGAAACUUUGCUAUUCUUACAGACAAGAAGUUUGAUGUUGAAUUGAAUACCAACACCAUUACCGAAGAGGUCCAGACCGUUGUUAUUGAGAAGUUGAUCCCUGUAAUUUUGAAGGGUAUCAAGAAGAAUGUUGAUGUUGAAUUGGAUCAAGCAUAUUUGAAUACCUUUGCUACUAUAGUGAACAAGUUUGGUAUUUGUACUAAGGAAUUGACCAACCCUAAGAACUCCAAGAUCUUGAUUGAGUCUUUGAGUAUCAUAACAUCUACCAGUGGGUUAUUGAGUGAUCACCCUGAGAUAGUUGUUUCUUCGAUCAACGUAAUUUCAUCUAUUGUGAAUACCCUCGGUGUCAAGAUUAUUGGGUUCUUCCCCAAGAUCGUUCCACCAGCUUUAAAGAUCUGGUCUUCAACUGUUGGUUCUCGUUCAAAGAAGGUAACUGAGUCUAGUUCUAGCUCUGAAUCUGACUCUGAAUCCGAAUCUGAUUCUGGUUCUGCUGCUGAAGAUGAUGAUGUUGAGAUUGAAGAGGUUGUUCCUAAACAGGAAGAUCAGAUGCUUCAAACAUCAAUUAUCUUAUUAUUCUCAUGUUUGGUAAGAAAAAUCCCCAGUUUCAUGAAUAGCAGCUUGGACUUGAUCUUCCUUGCUACCUUACAAAGUGACUUGGUGGAAUCCUCAAUCAGAUCUAGUGUUUUAGACUUAAUCAUCCAACAUAUGGAUACCGGAGUUGUGUUGAAGUCCUUGUGCAACAUUUGGCCCAAGUUUAGUGAAGAAGCCAAUGCAGUUGAACUUGGUUUAUACUUGAGUACAAUGCAAAGUACUAUUGAGGUUAUGGAUAAGAAGUCCUGUAAUGCACAUUCAAGUUUGUUCAUGAAAUGGUUGAUUCGUACCUUUGAAUUCAGACUGGCUCAUGAAGGUGAGUUCGACAACAAUGCCUUACACCGUUUAGAGAACAAUUUCGCAACAUGUGGUAUCAAUUAUAUCAUGAAGUUGAACGAUAAGAGUUUCCGUCCUUUGUUUGCCAACAUUGUUAGAUGGGCAGUCAAUGGUGAAGGAUCUACCAUUGGAUUGGCUACCAAUGAGCUUUCCCGGAUGGCUGCCUUCUUUAGAUUCUUCAACAAGUUGCAAGAGCAAUUGAGAGGUAUUAUUACAUCUUAUUAUUCUUAUUUAUUAGAAGCUGUUGUUUCAAUGUUGAACCGAUUCUCCAAUGGUGAGAUAGUUGAUGUUGGCUUAAGAAGGUUAAUGUUAAUCUCAUUGACUUCAGCCUUUAAAUAUGAUCAAGACGACUAUUGGUCUCAGGUGCUGAGAUUUGAGACCAUCUCUCAGCCUUUGUUACUGCAAUUGACCAAUAUUGAAGAAGGCAUUGGGAAAUACUUGGUCAAAUGUAUUGCUAGUUUUGUUGGUAACAUUGUAUCUGAUGAUUAUAAUGAUCAAUUGGUGCAUACAUUGAUUAAGUUCGUUUCUAAUGAUAACGAUGCUUUGACUUCCAAUACCAAGAUCUGGACCAUCAGAUCCUUAAAGGCAAUUUUCCAGAAGAUUGGUGAUCAAUGGUUACUGCAUCUUCCUACAUUUAUUCCAUAUAUUGCAGAGCUUUUGGAAGAUGAUGAUGAGGCAGUUGAACUUGAAGUCAGAAGUGGGUUGGUUAAAGUUAUUGAAAAUGUAUUGGGUGAACCUUUGGAUAGAUAUUUGGAUUAA